AUUGAAAAUGUGUUAGAUAAAGGAUACACAUGUUGGAGAGGCGAUGACACCUAUUGUUGAUGUAGUUGCAAUUGAUGUAAGUGCCACUCUUGUUGAUUUCCACAGUUUGUGUGACUCAUCAAUAUUCAAGGGUGCCUGUGUUUGAGCAACGUGUUGACAAAUAAUGGGCAUUGCUUAUGCAAUGGAUCUGCUGGAUUAUGUCCAGAAGGUCCGGGGAUUUCUAUUCCUCUUCCUCCCUCUCUGAGGUUAAUACCACGUUUUUUAUUGAUUUUAUGCGACAAUCUCAUAGUGUGCAGAAUUAUGAUCUUUCUAUUUUGAAGGUGGAUCUCCUAGAAAGUACCACAGUGGGAGACAUGGCCCACAAACCUGCAUACUUCAUCCCUGAUUCAAUGACAAUUUGGAAUCUUCUCAGAGAGUUCCACAUUAGGAAGGUUCACAUGGCUGUUGUUCUAAAUGAGUAUGGUGGAACUGUGGGGGUAGUGUCCCUGGAAGAUGUGGUUGAGGAAAUUGUCGGUGAAAUCGUAGAUGAAAAUGAUUCAAAAGAGAAGAUCCAGAAGAAAACUGCCUACAUUGUGAUGCGAGCAGAGGGAAUAUAUGAUGUGGAUGCUAUUACAUCUAUUGAUCAGCUCUCUGAAGACUUAAAUAUCAAAGUGCCAGAGGGUCAUCAGUAUGAGACAGUAUCAGGUUUUAUAUGUGAGGCCUUUGGAUGCAUCCCAAGGACCGGUGAGAGUAUGAAAGUGGUCCUUGAAAAGGAAAACCAGGAAGAAAACGAAGAACAUUAUGAAUCUGGAUCUGAUCUACAAACUCGAGGUAUGGUCUUGAUCCUUUUGUGCUACAUUUACUCUUGUGGAAGCUCCAUCACAUUAAGUUCUGGUUAUAAGUUCACAAGGAUCAUUUCUAGAACCUUUACAUUCUUACUUCUCUAUCUGGCAUACAUCCCACCAUAG